AUGUUUGAAUUUAAUUAAUUAGAGAAUGUUCAAUUAAGAAAGCACAGCGAACUUCAUUAAAUAUAUUAUUUAGAUUGUGGUCUAGUUGUAAUGCUUAUAAAUUUUAACUCAGAUUAUUAUUUUGAUGUAAUGGAACUUUAACUAAAGGACACUCGAAAAUUAAUGUAAUAUUUUCCUAUAAUAGAUUAGAAAGAUUAAUUGCAUUCCUUUAUUUGCAUUUUUAUGUGGAGAAUCCAGCUUGGCUUUGGCUCAUUAUGAUCAAAAUGAUGCUUUUAUUAUUUAGUCAUUUGACUUCCUCGAAAUGAAUAAAGUAUAAACAAACUUCAAGCUUCCUCCAACUUAUCAAAGCUAUACAACUUUUUAUUUUAGAUUUACCAAAUUAGCUAUGCUAUUAAUUCAAUAUGAAUCCGGUUCGAUUAUUUGUUACUUUUUGAAUAGUUAUUUGGAAAUUCACUCUUAAUUUCAUCUCAUAGAUAAAAGCCAAAAUUAAAUCUUGAAAUCCAUUUAUUAAUUAAAUUAGCAUAACUGCUUUAUCUCAUUAUAUCUAGAAAAUGAUUUGGAAUAAACAUUGUAUGAAAUAAAUUCACAAGGAAUUUAAUCUAAUUUAAAAUCAUAAUAUCUAAAUGAUAAGAAUUCUUUAAAUGGAUGCGCUUAAUCAAUUAAAUAAAUAUUAUUGGCUUUUACUCCUAAAAACGAUUAAAAUUCCUUCAUAGAGUUCAUUAAUGAAUAAAAUGAAUCAAUAAGAACAAUUGAAAUCAGUUACUUUAAUUAUAUUAUAAGUAUUGAACAAAUCUUAUUUGUAAAUGAGAUCUAUGUUUGUUGUAAAAUUUCAACUUAAAAUGAAGAGGAACUUGAAUAGUUAUGUUUAUUUGAUAAAAAUACUUUUGAGCUGGUUUCUAGAAAGGUCUAUUAGGAUUAUAUGUUAGACAUUUAAUGCAAUGAAUAAAUCAUUAUUGAAACCUAAAUGAAUUUAUUUGAUAGAAUAAAUUGUUUACAAAAAAUCCAUCAAACUUGUUCCAAUUAGGAUCAAGGUUUAUAGAAAUAAAAUGAAUUAAAUGAUCUUAAUGAUUUCGAUGAUUUCUCGGGCAUCACGAUAUUUUAUAACCUAAAUCCAAUUUAUUAAGCAAUAAAAAUUAUGAAGUUUUUAGAGUUUGAAGAAUAAAUUGUUGAAUAAAUUGCCCAAAAGCUUAAGAAAAGUACUCCCUACCAUCUGAAAAGUAACAAAUUUGAUUUUAAUUGA